AUGCUUUACUCUGAAAACAUAAAUAAAAACUGCGACUCUACAAUUCAGAAAAAAAAAACAAAAAGUCAAGCAUCUUAUACCACUUCAAUCCGAUUAAAUCGUAUUGAAACACCAUUAGAAGCCAUAGAAAAGCGAAGAGUACUUUAUAUGUUAGAUACUAAAAAGAGAUUUUCAAUUGUCAGAGAGCUGUUUUUGGAAAGCAUAAAAUGGUGUCAUAAAAGUUGUAUGCAGCCCAUUGUUUUGUGCUCUUGCGGAGAACCAUUAAACAGUGCUAAAAUGGAUGCAUCCAACUUAAUCGUAGAAAUUGAUUUGGAAAUCCCAACACUCGUUCAUGCACCUUUUGUACAGUUGGCUUUCAUGCGUAGUCUGUUAACAUUCCUAAAAAUGAGUGCCUUUUUUGUUUAUGAUUACCCUUCUUCAGCGAAAAUGCAUGAGACGGAGAAGCAUUCUGAAAUCAAAAGCGGACAGUUUAUGAUUAGCAAGCUGGAUGACUCCGAUAGCGAGAAGGGAGAAUCAGAAUCUCAUGAAGAACUUGAGUCUUCCUCUUCCGAUCGGAAUUCCGGUAUUCCAGCAUUCGAUACUCUUCAGUCACUUUUCAAGAGUCUCUCCCUUGCCUACGUGGAGACUGUUACCAGUCCCAGAUGGAGUCAUUUCAGGGGUGCUGGUUUCGCUUUGAAGCAAAAGGUCCGCCUGAACAAUAUCAUUUGGCGUGAAUAUCACAUGCAAUUUUUGACGUCAUGCAAUUUAAGAAUCAUUUUGUUCUUGAAAGUCUAUCCUCAACCACCUUGUGAUCAAAUCAACUGUGAAAUACUUGUCAUACUCAUAAUUUAUCUAUUCGGAUUCGAUUCUAAAAGUCUUUUUGUCUAUCAAAUGUCCAAAGCCUGGAGGUCAUCUUCGCAUGAAUGUGAUGCUGUUGAAGAGAGAGGAUACCAAUCUUAUAAACAAACCUACUUUAUAAAAACUGAGAUACAUUUAGGCUUAUUAGGGGGGCUCAUCUUUCAACUUCAUUGGUGUUUUGUUUUCCUCCUUGUUGUUUUUGUCUUGAGUGAUCAACUAAUUCAGCGUUUCACAGACCAAAAAUCUGUCGCUUUAAUGACAAAAAUUUCUCAAAUUUGUUUUAUUCUUGAAAGGCUUUCUGAUAAACAUUUCCCAUGGAUAGGCUCUUAA